CAAAAAUGGCGUUCUGUACAGCUGUGGGUUGCGCAAUUUUUAUGUAAAUGUGCAUUAAAUUUGUAAUAAAUUCUAAGUUUUAAGUGCUAAAAAUAUUCCAGACUUUAGAGAUGUUAUUUAUACAUAAAUUUGUAGUGUGAAUAUAGUGUGGUUUAUUCGUAUUUUCAGCAAAGUGCAUAGGUACCUGUCAUGGACCGUGUAUUUUUUGUGUUGUGGUGAUGUAUGAAAACGAUAAAUAAUGAAACGGAAAAUAAUCCUGUUGUGCAAAUAAUGUGACAAUGAUGGGAAUGUUGUGGGUGGUGUUAUUUGUGGCCUUGACCGGCGCGCCCCUUGGACAAGGAUUGCCUUUGAGAUCGACGCCGCAAGCCUACCCUCACGACACAAGUGGGGACUCGUUAGUGGAGGCAUGGGGCUCCACCGGUGGCCUGUACGCAGCGUUGCCGGCGCUGGCGCUGGUCAUCACGGCUAUAGGGUUUCUCUUCGGAUGCACCUGGUGCUACAGACAUAAAGACUGCAAGCCAAACGAAGGAGCAGACAACCAGUUGUUCACCGCGAGCGCGACACACCUGCACGAUGCGCGGCGCCAGCCAGCCCCUGAUUCCGGGUUCUCGGAGCCUGUCAACAAUAACAUCAGCGAGGACAACAACAACGGACCGAUAUCGCUCCGGGAGAUGCAGAACAUCGCCAACAACAACGCCGCAGCGUACAUCGUCAGCGAGAAUGAGGAACGCAACAGAGUCAGCCGUGAAUCGGUUGUCGAGUUUGAGCCGCUGCCCAGUGGAAUCCGCGCCGUCGAUCCGCUGGAGCACUGCGCUGAUUGGUUCGGCGGUGAAGAUCUUCCGAGAAACCGGUUGCAGUAUCUAAGGGAAAUCGGCCGAGGAUGGUUUGGAAGGGUGGUAGAAGGCGAAAUCGAGGACGAAGGUGCGACGUCGACGGUAGCGGUAAAGAUACUCAACCAGAACGCGUCGCUGGAAGACAAGGCGCGGUUCCUUGACGAAGCCAAAAUAUAUCGUGACGUCACACACGAAAACAUCCUCGCCUUCAUAGCCAAAUGUCUGCAGGAAGACCCUUGGAUACUCAUGUUUGAGCUAUGCUCGAUGGAUCUCCAGCAGUACCUGAUACAGAACCGUCCGAAGAUGGCGAUAUUGAACGAGGGCGGCGUGCCGUUGCAGUUGAUGUGUGACGUCACGUCCGCGCUUGCGCACUUGCACUCGAGAGGAUACUUAUAUGGCAACGUAAGCAGCACUACGGUUCUGGUCCGCUCACCGACCGGCAGCGCACCCCGGGCAGUACUGGGCAGCUACGUCACAGCUGAGACGCCACACGAGUUCACCGCGCCAGAGACGCGCCGCCAUCCACCUUUGCACACGAUGUCCAGCGAAGUAUGGUCGCUAGGCACGUUGAUAUGGGAGGUGUGCGCGUGGGGCGCCGGCGUGCCGCCGCAGCAGCCGCCGCCGCCUGACCUGCCCUGUCCGUAUCGCGACCAUCUAUACCAAGUAAUGCAGCUGUGUUGGAACCCGACCGCGGAGUCUCGACCGACGUCGGCGCAGGUGCAGGCGCUACUCAACCACUUGCACACGACACAUGCGACCGCCCACAGCGCUAACGACGCCGCGCCAGACCACGGCUAUGGCAGCAGCGAUUUUGAAGAGCGCUGGCAAAGACUCAAGCCCAACACCAUCCCCAAAAUAGACGAACACGUGGCCCUCGUCCACGCCCCCUCCACCUCCAUGGCCUCGCAUUUCACCGGCUCUGAGGAAUUCGACAAUGCGCCCACCACGCAGGACACCCUCAGCGUCGACAUGGAUACUGCUGUCUCGCGCUCGAGCAGCAUCAUGUCUGACAAAGAUCCCCUCUCCGUUCAAAUCAAAUCCGAAAGUCUGACCAAUCUCCACGGUUCCCUAGAAGACGUCCGUAACAUCUACCUCACGCACAAUGAAACCGCUCUACUGGAAUGCCAUCAAGGUAAUAUAAGCCUCGAAGAGAGGGAGAAGGAACAAGACCGUUCCGACAGCUCGGUUGAUCCGUGGGUCAAAGACCUCAUAGCGGGCAGUCAGGAUGACGUCAGCUACUAUAAAGAUGUGAGCGAUGUCAUAAAGAAUCUCGAUAACAUCCUCAACUCGGAGAAAACUUCCAGUUCCGAGUCGAGUCACCAGGCCAGUCCGUCGAGAGAUAACCUGAGUUUGGACUGCAAAAAAGAUUACCCGGUUCAAUCGAGCAUGGUUAAAUCUCCGGGUAUCACCAAUUUCCAAAACAUUCUUGAAUUGGGCUUCAAUGCUCAACCGGAAGAACCUUGUGAUGAGGAUGAAGAGGUGGACAGGGAGACUAUCGGGACUCUCAGUCAUUCGUUUGAGCGUCAUAGCGACACACUCAGUCAACACACGUUGGAGAACCUAACUCCUGACACGCCCAUUAAGGAUAUGGACAUUGUUAGCAAAAUUGAAGACGAGAGAAAGGAAACAAAUGCAUCUACAGAAACGACGCGUCAUGACACGGAACUGCCAAAAGAAAAAAUAGAUAGUAGUGAUAAAAAAUUACCGAAGUUAAAGGAUUUAUGUGUAGUCUCAUUAUCUAGUGUAAGCGAAACAAAUGAACAAUUGAAUGUAAGAGAAGACUGUGAAACAUCGUGUGAUAGUAACUUAGAUGAAAUCGUUAGGACUCAAGUGAAACCUAAGUCAAUAGAUAAUACAGUUCAAAAUGAUCAAGAGAAAUCAAUUGUAGAAGCUAUUGAAGGAAAAUUGAUACAAGAAUCAGAAGCGACAAAAGAGAAUAACAUAGACGAACUAAUUGAAGAAAAAGGAGAAGAAUUGAAUAAUGUUGAAAACGUAAUCUUGCCGAAUGUUGUGAACGACAUAGCUGUCAAUUUACUUGAAAAUGAAGUUAUUCAACCAGCUGUGGAAAUAGUUUCAAAAAUAUUACAGGAAAAUGAAAAUGCUGUUCAGAAAGAAUUACCACCAGAACUAGGUUUAAGAGAAAUUAAUAGAACUGAAAUCGUAGCUAUAGCGUCCAAUGAUAAUUUAAAGGAAAUCACAAAUGCUUUAAUUGAUGAAGAAAGGAAAGUUUUUUGUGAACCAGAAAAUAAACAUGAAAUUAAAGUUGAAUCUCUCCCGUCAUUGGAUAAGCAAGAAGACUCAUCAUCUUCACCUAGAAACACACCUGAGCCAGUACAAAUAAUUGAUAAGGAGGAGCAUACAGAACCAACUCAAAAUAUUGACACUGAAAAGGCUGAAACUGCAGAAAACUAUAAAGUAACACGCGCUCCAGUGUUGCCAUCUGAAACAGUACAAAAUGUUGCCCAAGAAGAAAUUGAAGAAAAAAACGUUGUAAAAGAUACAGAAAUUAUUGAAGUUGAAGAUAAUGCAACAUCUAAUAUAGUAGCUACGAAAGCGCAGUCAAACGACAGCACUGCGUACAUGGAUCUCAUUAAUUAUACUUCUAGUGAAAUCGAUAACAAUAGUGAAAUUCUACAAGACAGCAAUGUGAAGAAGAUCAUACAGUCUUGCCUAGACCAGCCUGAUAAAGAUACUAAUUGUUCUAUAAUCAGGAACGAGUCGACAGUGUACUUAGAUCUGCCUAGUAUGUUAAAAGAUACGCACGACUUUUUACAUUCGGAAAGAAUAACUAGUCAAAUUGUUGAAUCUAAUGAUGUAAUUUGCGCGAGCACGCCUAAGGGAAGCGAGUGUUCUGCUGAUAAUAUUCUAGAAGGUUCUGUGAAAGAGAAUGAGAACUCAGACUUAUCAGUGACAAAGAUCCCUGAUGACGCGACUGUUAAAUCUGAACAAAAGUUUGUGGCGGACAUACUUAGUCCAUUUGAUUCGCCAACUAAAAGCCAUCCAACAGACACUUACGAUGAAAACAGUUCUGUUGUAUUAGGUCCGUUCGAAAAUUGCACAAUCGAAUACAAAGGUGUCAAAACUGAAGUCGAUUUACCGAAAGAAGAGUUGUUGGCGUUCUCUUCUAACUUUAGCGAGAUAAACCUUGAAACGCCUUCGCCGCUGCGCGACGGAAACUUCUUGAACGAAGUGCCAGACAUCGUUCCUGAUGAUUUACAAUUCGACGAUUUGACUCUGAGUGAAGCGAAGAAAGAGGUACUCACGGAUAACACUGAUGAAACUGACAAAUCAGGUACAACAAAACACGUGUCGCCGUCCACGCCUCCAAACUCGCCAGGCAUAUAUUUAGCCUCCACUUCUCAACAAAAGUACUUAGUAGAUAUAGAUUUGGAGCCGCCUGAGCCGUCUUAUCCCCCCAUAGAAACUGAUUCUGGUCUGAGCUCGUUGCAGAAAGAGAUAGACUUAAAUCAAAUUGAGCUGCAGAUCACUACUAAGCUAGCGAUGGCAGAGAAUGAGAAUAAUUUGAAUAUAGAGUAUUCUGGGCCACUUACUGUGGAAGGUUUAGUGUCGGAAGAAGACGCAGUUCUGAGAGAGAGUGACGCGAUGCCUGAAGCUUUUCUGGCUGGUAACGGAGGAUCAGUGGAAGACAAUUGCGGCUUCAGCUUGGAUGAAGAGUGUGUCAAAGCGCUGCGGAAUGAACUGGAAUUGAAGCUACCUUUAGCGCAGGUGGCAGGUAUCGAGCCAGCCGAGGCAGAGUGGGGCGAGCUGCCUCCACCACCAGAACUAGUCCUAAGUUACAGUGCGGCGCCGCCCGCACUUAGCCCCAUCGCUGAAGAGACGCGCCACCAGUUAAGCGCAUACGAAAAUGACGCAUGGAACACAUCUAACCGCACAGAUUCGUCGGAAAGCUACCCGGAGCCGUGCAACGACUCGACCGCGGAGGUCACUGACCUGCCCACGGGCGCCGUCGGCUCCAACGACCACUCCACGUACACCAUCCUCUCCAAGGAAUCCAAGCACGAUACCUAUACUAUACAAAAGGAUAUACCUACUAGCAAGGAAGCUACAAUGAGCGCCGACAGUCUAAACGGUAGUCCUUACAAAAAGCCCAAAGCGCCGUCCCCAAUUGACGACAGAACAUACAACAAGAACGAAGACGAGAAAGUAUCGAACUGCGAGCGGAUCUCACAAGUUUCGCCAUUCUUGAUGAGUCCCACCACCGAGACGUCCGCGCCCGACUCCGUCGACAACGCUACUGGAGUGUCCACACUGUCCAAGACCACACUCCCGACAGAUGCGAAACACUCCAAACCCUCGGAAUGUCUCUCCAAAGCGACAAGCAUCGACUCCUGGUGCUCGAACGAUACUCUCUACAAUGUAGAAGAGAACUUCGACGACCUAGUCAUGGACGCCGACAUUGCAGAAUUCGAAAACGAAAGACCAGAAUUGAUGAAAAGCGCCAGCACCGAGACGCUAACCCGUAACGAUGAAGAGAAGGAACACAGUCAUUGUUCCACUUACAUCGUGCAUGACAGCAAAUCCGAAGCCUGCGAGACAUUCUCGCCGGAUUCUAUCACAGCCAACGACAACUAUACUUACACAAAAGCGAAGACGGAAUUAGCAGGCGCUACCCCGUCAGUUCUUACUAAAUCCGAAGUAAACGAUUCGACUAAGAAUACGACUAAAGACCUGGCGUAUGGUACUUUACCGUCAUAUUCGAACUGUACUACGGAGCUGGUAUCUGGCAUAGACGAGCAUUGGAGAUUCCAACAACCUGAACUAGUGAGACGAUCUCCUAUCGCAGACCAAGCCAUUUUCACUCCGCCUAGAUUCACUGAAAUCAAAGAAUCAUUACCAAACGAUAGUCCCCAGAUAACUACUGAGCCUGUGAAGAAAAUGGAUAGUAUUGACAUUACCUGUCUCCAAGAUGAUAUCAAUAGCCAUAAGUCUGAGAGCUCGGAUAGCCAGAUUUUAAUCGACAUUGAAAGUCCGCAAUGUAACUACAGAAACGACAUGGCACCGUCCGUUACUAGUACACCUUUGACCGAAGCUGUAAUUGAAGAUGAUAAUGUAGAGGUUAUACAUAUGCAGCUGCCAGAGGAAUCUGAAAGCGCUGAGUCUUUAAUUAAUAGUAUUCCGAACUUCCAGACUUUUUUGCAAUCAGCUGAGAUCAGGCCGCAGGAUAUCUCGUCAGCUUCUUGUGAACAAUUAAACAGUCAAGAUACAGGAUUAUUGCUUGAAGGUGAAAGCAGGACACUGAGUAGGGACAGCAAUAGAGACAGCAUGGUCGUGUCUGAUCGAACGCCGACUUAUUCCGAUUUCGAAAGCUCUGCUGUUAUGAAACCUCAAGAACUUAAUUCAAGGGAUAAGUCUAGUCAAAGUAUGGAAAGCGGCAUGAGUUCGGGGGACUUCAGACAAUUCGAGAACUCCGUUAGGGCUUGUCCUCAAGACCUUUCUUCUUUAAUUGAUGCAAGUUCACUUUUUCUGACUAACGAGAGAAAAGUGAGCGAAGUCGAACCUAACAAUGAAUCGGAUCAGAAUAGUCAACCGAGACGGAGUGUCGAAUCAAUUCAAACUGUGGACGCAAGUUCACCAGUUAUUACGAAUUUAAUCGAAUCUCACCAUCUAAUACCUAAUAUAACUUAUAACAUGGUUGUGACUGACUUAGAUGAAGAAGAAACCGAUCAACCACAUUCAAUUAUCAUCACAGAAGUGCCGCAGGCACCAAAAGAAUUUAAAAACAAAGAGGUUACUCUAUGUAAAGGAGUAGAACCUCCCAAAGAAGCUGUAGAAGAGUUAAAAGAAAGUCCGAAUAGAACCUUCGACUCCCAUACUGAAAUUAAUAAUUUGAAUCACACUUACGAUUCCCACACUGUGGUCUCACCAGUUAUAUCUUCGCAAGAAACCUCUAAACCCGAAACUAAAGUCAAUGAUCGCGAACCUAGGGUCAACGGAGUUGAUGACGCCACGAAAGAAAUAAAGCAUCACGCCGAAAAAUCACCAAAAACAGAAAUAAAAGAAACUAAAAUCCAAACAGAUUCAGAAAAAGAAUUACCCAAUGGAUCAGUCACUGGUUUAGCAAAAGAAAUAACAUGCAAUGGGAAUGGUCAAAACUACGCGACAGUUCAUUUUUUAAAUGAAACUUUUGAAGAACUGUUGGAAAGCAAUGUUGAUGACAGUAAGAAUGUUAAACUACCAGAGCCUAGUCUUGAAGAAACCAGUGCUAUUGAGUUAGAGAGUCCUGACGUGAAAGGAGACGAGAAAACGCAUGAAAACAAUGUAGAGAAGGUAUCAGACCUGGUGAAUGGAGUGGAAGAUAAAGUAAUUCCAGUUACAGAGGAUUUUUUACAAAAUGAGAAGAAGUUUUGCACGCUAGAUUCGUAUUUUCCUCUGUUAAGUGAUAUCAGGUUCACUGGUCCAGCAACAGAAAUAAUGAGCACGUCGUUCACACAAGACUCACCGACGGAGCCUGUAUCACCCGAGUGCGAGCAGGACAACAAACCCGACGCGGCCGCUGAUAUCGUAAAAGAGUGGGACAGCGAUAGCGAGUCCCACUCCAGCAAUUCUUCCAGUGGAGAGUUUAUUUGGAAGGACGGUGACGGACACGAGACGGCCGUCGUGCCAACCACGCACUUCGACCAUCAGCAGAAAGGCGGGUCACAGCCGAGUGCGCCGCCUCCGGGCGACGCUGCGCCAAGCGGGGCGGCGUCCGAGGGUUCUGCGGACUCGGGCUCCGGCAGCGAGGGCGACGAGGUAGAGUUCGUGCCUUCCUCCUGGGAUUGCCGCGCCGCUCCCGCCAAGUCCUCAUUGCGGAGCCUCGAACAAGCGCCGCCUACUGACGGCAAGAAGCGUGUGGUGUUCAAGCGCCAGAAAUACCAUUGCGUGUACGAGUACCCGCGGGAGCUUACCGAAGUGGACACACACUCGCCCGCCUACCUGCCCGACCUGUCCACCUACUGCGAGUGGGACCCAUCGAGCGCCGAGGAAGCGGAGCUGGGCUAUGGGCAGUUGUAUGGAGCGCCCAUGGACAUGUACCAGCUGCGAUCCGGCAUUGCCUUCGGUUCGGACUACGACGAAGAUUUCUUCAUAUCGUCGUCGGCGCGGCCGUUCGAAAGCCUUGGCAUCAUGUCCACGACAAGCCAGUUCUUCCCCGGCAUGCACGUGAAGCCGCAGCUGCUGGAGCACGACCUCGACGACGCCGACGACUUCCCCCCGCCCCCCUCACCGCUCGCACCCACCGCCCUCACCCAGACCAGAACACCAUCCCUCGACUUCACCACCCCCGACUCCGGCGUCGAAGACUUCACGCCAGGAUCCACCACCACAGAAGAAGACUUCAAGACCAAGAAAAUCCCAGAAAGCGAGGUGAGUCAAUGCUGGAAACCUAUCGAUAGCGGUAGCUCGAGCGAGUCCGUCAGCCCGAGUUCUCCCGGCGGCGAGGCUCUCGGCGGGCUCCGGCACACCAGAGACAAACUCAAGCUAGACCUGCCGCCCAGCCCGCACAUACCAUCGCCGAGACACAACAGAGUGUUCAACUUCGUGCUCGACAAGCCGAAGCGGCAUCGCAUCCCCGACGAGCGCCCGGCGGAGACCCCUCUCGUGAUGACCGAUGAGACCCCCAUUGUAACCACGUCGUUGGCCAUACAGAAGGACGCGGAAGACGUCACUGUUCCCGAACCGACGUUUUCCACCUUCGGAAAGGGUCACGCUAACCAAAAGAACGUAGAACCCGAAAACUCUGAUCAGAAGAUAAUAUUGACAGAUGAAAUAGAAGAAGAGACAGCCGAGGUGAAAGAGGAGAGUCCUGUAAAGGUGGAAGCUGUUAAGGGUGAGGGCACGGUGCUCGAUAGUGGCGACGAGGACUCUGGCAUUGAAAGCAGCUCCAAAGCCACACUCGAGAGGAAAACCCCAAACGUGUCGUAAUUAGAACAAUGUAGCGGAUUUGUUAUUGUAUAAACUGCGAGUAUAACAGGUGGCUUCACUACCAAAUGAGGAGUUUAGACGUGUGGCAACAAAGAGAGAAAUCCAGUAACGUUAAUUAAAAACAUAUAUUGACGGUAGGAGAUACGAUAUUUCAAGAUUUCUAUUAUAUGUUUACUGUGGACACUCUUUGUUACCGAGUCACUCUAAGCUAGGUGAUGAACACCAAAGCAAUAUACGAAGUCCAGUAGGAGAUGUUAUAAGAUAAAGCCGUUAAAAUGUUAAUACUAAGGUGUCAUAAAAAUAUUGAACAUGAGGUUACUCUGUGAAUUGAAAUGUUCGUAAAAAUCUGAACGAUUUAAGGAAAUGUGAAUUCGUAUAGUGAAUAUUUAAUGUUGGUUUUUAUAUGAAUAUUAUAACCUGUUCAUGACUAUUCUAAGACGUAACUGUCCAAAAUCAAAUAUUUAUAUUUAAUCAAGUUUUGCUGGAAACAAGAAAAAGCCUAAAACAAAAUAUCUGUAAGUAAAUAACCAAAGUAAACUGGCGAAUACAUAUCGGUUCAUAACAUGUAUCUCCAACCUAAAAAAAACUUUUACAAAAAACAAAACCCAUAUAAUAAUACUCAUUUAAUUUAAGAAGAUAAUUAUAAUAUAUUUAUUUAUUCUGUAAUAUUGCAAGUCACAUGUGCAAAAUAAAUAAAUAAAUUAUUCGAAAACACAUUAUUCCCAAUUUCGUAGAUAGUUUCUAAAUAUGUCAAUGUUUGAGUGGAUCUGAAGUAAUCAGUAAAAUCGUAGACAAGAACUUUAGUUCCACGUCAACUACCAGUGUUCGUCUGAUCUUCACAACUAAGGUACAAAUAACCGUGAAUUAUGAAUAAAAUAAUAUUGUAACUUAGCGCUUUCAAUACGAAUAUUAUUAAUAAACUUAAGUGCUUUGAUACGUUUUACAAUUGCAAUCCGUAGAUAGUUUACAGCCUACUUUUACAUAAAGGUCGACAGACACUUAGCCAAUCGAAGAAUAAUUGAGUGAACCUCUUGUAUAGAACUGAAUAAACGAUUUACUAUAAUGCCAAAACACAGGAUAUUAAAUCGUUACGUUUGACACAAGAAGUCCAUGCAUAUUUAUAAGAUAGUUUUAUAACUAUUCACAGGAUAUGCAUAAAAUUCGGCUAAGCGUACGGCGACCGAUAUUAAAUGAAUAGACAAUGGCCUAUCCAAUUUUUGUACCACUAACAGCCCAUGAUCAUAAUUGAUAGAUUUUUCAUACGUAAAAUUUUUACUCUUAUUUCGUAUUGUGGUAGAUGAUUAGAAUUACUCUAACUCCAGUCGUUUUAAAUGGGUAACUGAACUGAGAAAUUAAGAGUAAUUUGGGUCCCGCAAAUUUGUGACAAGGUUCAUAAUACACUCGGAAAUCUCAAGUUUACAUGAAUGAGAAUAAUUCCGAAUGUCUUAGAUGCAUUUUGUUACAAAUGCAAGACCAUAAGGGUCUGUGCACAUGUGUAAAACGCGACAUAAAAUUAUAACGUGUGAAUUUUCAAAUGUCACCAAAUUGAGUCGCAAAUGCGGUCACUAUAGAUGUGCACUGACCUUAAAUGUUGAUAUUGAAUGCAAUUAUUUGCUUUACAUCAUAUGUACGUAAUUAAUGUAUCUUAGAGAAUCUCAGCCGUUUCGUUGUCUAAGCAUACACAUGAAGCUGGACAUCUAUCUGAGGCGAAUAUGCUACCACCACUGAAUGUAACCGAUUUGAUGCAAUCUUUGCAGCAUUGUGUCGUCUAAAUUGUAUUAUUUGUGACAGUACGCACAAGUCAAUAAACAUCUUCCAUCAACCUCAGGGAUAUCUAAAUUAACGUUUCGGUCUAACGAGGUUAAGCCAACAGUAGGUAAGUUAAAGUUAUAUUAGGUAAGCGUAGCGUAGUUAUCGUAACGAGUCGACAGCAGAUCGACAUUCGAGUAUUUAUUGUGCCCUCAGCAACAGGCAUGCAUGUUAAGUCUCCCCUAGAAUAAACUUUGCCCCUGUGACUGUAUAUCGCAGAGUAAAUGAACUUGAACUUAUAUGCCACGUUUUUAUAUUUUAUGCUAUGAUUUCGAGUAUUAUUUUAUUAGGGAAAUAUUACGUUUAGUGUCUUAUGAACCCAUAGUUUAUUAUCUUUGAAAAUCAUGAAUUAUUUGUUCGUGUUAUAAAGUGACUGUUGCUGAUUGCACGUCGUGAAGUGUGCCACUAAAUUACGUCAUCAUUAUUGCAAUACGUCCAAGUGUGAACCUGAUGUGCAAUUCUUCUCAUUUCCAUAUCAUCGCGUUUUAGUUGUUUAGUUACUGCUGUAAAUAUAAUUUAAUGUUAUCCAAGAAAUUUUUUGAAUAUGAAAAUGUAUUGAUUGUAUUAAUUAUUGUACUGCAUACGUGAUUAUUGUUCUCAACAUUAUAUUUUACAGUUUUAGAAACUUUUUCGUUAAUGUACAGGUGUAAAUACGGUAGGUGUCCAUUUUGUUACAAUAUAGAGUUACUCUGGUUUACUGGGUACAUAGUUUGGUUAGAUUUCCGUACGAUCAAGUAACGCUAUCGGUUUGUAGAUGAGUUUCAUAGUUGAUUGGAGAAAUCUCUCCAACUGCUGAUUGAAUAUACUUUACCUUUAUGUACACAAAACGAGGAAUUAUUUUGAAUGAGGUGUCCAACAUUAUGGUAUUUAUUGUUUGUAACUUGUUAUUUGUU